UGUAAAUUAAUUGGAAUGGCAGCAGCCCAAAAAAAAAAUCAAUCACGUAGACGUCUUGCAGCAAUAACAUUUCUAUCAAAUAUUUCAUUAGAUGGAAGUCAUCGAGAUACUAAUUUUUCAUUACUACCUCACAACGGAGCUAUACACCGUCGUGAAAUUCACAUAAAUAAUAUUAUUAACACCAGUAAUAAUUAUUCCAAUGGUAACACUAAUGGUGAUGCCAAUGUUAAUGAAAUAUUAAAAUACAAUGACACAUUGGUAGUAACAGAUACAUCUGGUGAUGAUAUUGUUGACAUCGUGCCAGGAUAUAUUUCAGAAAUUAAACACAAUGAUUCUGGUGAAUUGCCACACAGAACAAUUAAUGACCAUAAUUCUAUUAGUUCUGAUUCUGAUGGAAUUUUCACUUCUGCUAAAAAUACAAUCUCUGCUUUGCUUGAUCAAGAGCGGAUUCAACCAUUGCUCUCAUCAAUACCCGGCUCUUUCCGUGAAAGAGCUGGAACGGCAGGUAGUGAAUACUCACUUCCAGAAAGACGCGUGGGCUCGCUGUACCACAAAAAGCGUAUAGUCCAUCAAACAUCUACGCUGUCUGAAGACAUAAAACACCAUUACAACAGUAGCACUGAAAGCAUUGGCUCCCAGAGAUCUAAGUCGAUUUCUUCGAAAAAUAAAGGAAAAGCUAUCGGCAAUGUUCAAGCUUGUGUCACUUCCAAUGCUGUUAUUAUUCCUGAAGUAACACGGGAAUUACGGAUCAUGCAACGUCCGACAACUGGUCACAAGUUUGGAGACGAUCGACUUGUCUUGGUGUCUACCAAGAAAGUUCCUUUUCUUGUUUUCUCAGCUUUGCCUUACAAUAAAAAUCAACGGACCAGUUGGUCUGAACUACGUAGAGAUACUGGUCGUAGACGAAAUACAUCGGGUCCAAGGCCGCUUUCGGCUAUUAAUGAUAAUUUAGAUCCAUUUGGUUUAUUGGGAAUUGAACGCGCUAAAGAUGGACAGGAAAUGUCUUAUGGUCAAUUAUUGGUGCCGUCACGACAAUUUCAACGUGAGAGAAAAAUUCACACAAAUGAUAGCGAGGGUAUUGAACUCAAUCAUAUUGCUCCAAAGCAACACAAUAAUGUUUCAAGGUGUCUGUCUUACGAUACUACUUCGCACCGAGGGCAACCCGUGACAUCUGAUUCUCCACCGUUAUCGCUUACUAAUGACAGUAAAAAUUACGAUUGGGAUGAACAUGGAAUCAUGCAGUACAAUCCAAAUUUAUUAGAUGAUCCCGAAUUAAUUGCUGGGAAACACCGUACUCUUCUUACAUUUACUUCUUACAUGGCAUCGGUUAUUGAUUAUGUACGCCCGUCUGAUUUGAAAAAGGAACUUAAUGAUAAAUUUAAGGAGAAAUUUCCACAUAUUCAAUUAACCCUCAGUAAAUUACGCAGUUUGAAGCGUGAAAUGCGAAAAAUAGCAAAACUAGAGUAUGGAAUAGACCUAUUGACAGUUGCAAUGGCAUAUGUGUACUUUGAAAAGCUUAUACUACGUAAUGUUGUUACGAAACAAACUCGUAAAUUAUGUGCCGGAGCUUGUUUACUAUUAGCAGCGAAGCUCAAUGACGUAAAGGGUGAAGUGCUUAAAUCACUUAUUGAGAGAACUGAGAGUGUAUUCCGCUUAAACCGUAAGGAUCUUAUUGCAUCGGAAUUUGCUGUGCUGGUCGCACUUGAAUUUGGACUACAUUUACCAACGUGGGAAAUUUUUCCUCACUAUCAACGAUUAAUCUAUGAAUCUUGA